UAACUGUGACUGCUGUUAGAUCUACCAUAAUAUUGAAAUGGGUUAUUGGUUGUUAAUGAGAAAUGCCUUGAUUGCAUUAUUGGCGAUCAACCUUUUAAAAACAGUUUUCUACCUCUUAGUUCAGUUGUUAAUUCGUUUAAGAAAUUAUCAAAAUCUGAAGAUGAAUUUUGCUUUCGGUUUAGAUCUCAGACUCAUCACAACAAACAAGAAAAAGUUGAAGUGCUUCUAUGAGGGAGGAAAUCACUUAUACAGAUACAGAUGGCAUACCAUCCAGAUGUUUGGGUUCAUUUUUCUGACCAUAGCGUUAUCUACAUUCUUUGUCAUGUUUGUGUAUGAUGAAGCACAAAGGAUACAAAAUGUUGACAAUGUACAGAAACAUAGACGGGAAAAAGAAAAAGACUUUUUGGAUAUGGUUAUGUGGAAAACAGAAAAUGAACAUGUACAGACAGAAAAUAGAUGUUAUCAUUUAUUGGCUAAAUCAAAAAGACUGUCAAAGAAAUUAAGGCAACAGAUUUACCAAAAAGCUAAAUCAGAAAUGAAGAAUGGUUCAGUCAGUAUAUGUGCUGAAAUGGAUCCUACCUGUCCAAAAUUUAUAGUGUGUCACCAUGGUGAGACUAAGAAGUUCAUAUACAACAAUUCGAAUGACUGUUCAUAUUUAUUUGAUAAUUUUCAAGAUGGCAGAAUCUUUCAAGGAAAUUACCGGAUAAUGGUUCUGGUUUUAGAUGAAAUACCUGGUUAUAUACAUAUUGGAAACACCCGGGAUUUUGAUAGGGAUAGUGGAAACCAGAGACGAACAGAAAAUCAGGACCAUGUAGAUGUUGUCCCCACAGUUGACUUAAAUCUUCAUCGUACGAAUAACUUGAGAUCAUUACAAGAAAGUAGUGGCAUUAGUUCUUUAUCACUCUAUUAUGAUGAUAAUUCUGGUAUUGAAAAUGCAAGUUUGCAACAUUCAAUAUCACAAAAUAGGGAUUUUCCAAUGUCUAAUGCUUCUGGACAACAGUUAAGGCAUACCUUAUCAUCUGGGUACCAGUCAGGCAGAAGAAGGUAUUUCUCAUCAGGUCAACAUUCAUUUUCCCUUGGACAGAUAAUUGCUGAAGUCAAUGAAGAACCAAAUUCUAACGUUAACCAUACAAGUCUAAACUCAGAAGCCAAUCAUGUCAUUGAUAUUUUAGAAAAUAAUGCAGCCCAAUGUUCAUCUAACUUUCCACACCAGGAGGCAGUUGAGUCUGAAAAUCUUUCUCAACAAGGUGAUUUGUCGCAGGAAAGAGGUGACUGUUCAAAUCAUCAAGUAUCUACAAAUGUUAGACCAACAGGAACAAGAGACUUGGAUGGAGAACAUAUUCAGUCAGACACAAACACUAUCACAAUACACAAUACAGAAACCAAGACGAGAUCAAAUGAUCACUCUGAAUUGUCAUCAAAUACUCCUUCACAGUGCUUAAGAAACACCAGUUUGUUUCCAACACCUUUGAUGAAUUCUGUAUCACAUACUCCUUCACAGUGCUCUAGAAAUACCAGUUUGUUUCCAACACCUUUGGUGAAUUCUGAAUCACAUACUCCCUCACAAUCCUUAAGAAAUACCAGAUUUUCUCCUAUGAUGAAUUCUGAAUUACCAGAGAGCCAAUAUGAGAAGAACAGUGUACCAUUUGUAGAAAGGUUUAGUCAACAGCUGCCAGUAUCUGUCACUUCUAAUAAAGAAAAUACCCCUGCUGAUUCUCCUAUUGUUGCAGUUUCCACUAAAAAUAUUCAGACUAAUGAACCAGAAAUCCAUUCAGACCUCAGUGGAAAUCGGGUUAAUUUAUACCAAGCUGGUAGACAAUUUGGGACCAAUGACAGGAUGGAAGAGAAGCUAGAUUAUACACAAUCAAUUGUAUGUGAAGACAAAUUUUGUUUACCAGUGAGUGAUGAUAUAGAUGAUAUAGAUGAGGACCAACUUUUUGGUGAUGGUUCAACAGGCUUGACUGAAUUAAGUGUUGAUACAGGAACAGAUGAUGAUGAUGAAAACAAGAGUGAAGAAGACAGCUGUGCAUUUGCCUCAGAAAAUCAAAAACCUGGAAAAGACCCCGAUUACAAAAUGUAGUAUAUCUUUACUGAUGAGGCCAUUAUUCACAAUACAAUAAUUAUAAGCUUUAAGAUCUUAUAGACAGUAAUAUCAGUCUUUAAAGAAACUUUUAUUAGGAGACACCAGAAAGGAUAUGACAUAAAACCACUGACAAUGUCAACUGACUUUAAGGGUGUUAUAGUUUGUGAGCAAGUAUCCUGUUAAAUUAUUGUUAAAUGUCACCAGAAAAGAACUGUUGCUCAACAGGCCUCAUCAGUGUUAUUGGAACUCAUAAGCAACAUAUUAAAAACUUGAUAUGUGUAUGUUUAUGAUGAAUAUUUGAUAUAUUGGCUAUUUUAAAGAAAUUAGCUAGUUCACCAACACAACAACUUUUGAAAAAAGUAGUUGUUUUAACUAUUAUCAAUUUUAAAACAGAAAUUGACUCAAAUUUACCUAUUUGUGUGGAUUGUUGUGAUUAAGUAAAAAUAUAAUUAAUUUCUAAGUAUCAGUGGUCUCUGCUACACAUUGCUGUAAUUUUGAUAUGCAAAGUUUUUUUGAGGUUAAUGAAAUGUGAACAGUUGAAUUUAAAGAAGGGAAACCUAUUCAAUAUCUAAAAACUUACGAAUGAAGGCUAAUCUUUUGAUAUUGUUUGGAUUGAAGUCAAUCUUAGCUUAGUUGAAAUAUUUUUUUUCUGUAAGCUUGUAUGCUAAAGGAGUAUAUUUAAGGGCCCUAUUUGGAAAUGAAUAUUUGGUCAAUUUUUACAAUACAAAAAUUGUUUCAUUUUGAUGAAUAGGCAUGUAAAAGGUGAAAUAGAAUUAUUCUUGUCAAGAUUUUCUUAUAAAGUGUUGAUAUAACCAUCCCAAAUAGACCAAAAAUAGAUAUUUGGGUGAAAGUUGACAAAAUCGUCUGGAUUUUAACCACAUUUCAGUCUAGGAAACGUAGAAUGCAGGGUAUGACAAACUAAAUAUUCAAGUCAAAUAUAUUAUUUGAUAUUAAGCAUAAUGUCGAAAGAUUUUUUUUUAUCAUUGUAUGCACUGUAUGUUUCCAAUCUUGAAAACCAAUGGAAAUUGACCUGUUUCCAUUGAAUUUCGAGGAAAAUCAAAAGUUGUGCUAUUUAUAAUGUCAUGAAAAGAACACUGAUUCAUAAAUUUUCAAUGAAGAGACCUAUUUCCUAUCUAUGUCAUUAUAAACCCUUAUUUAAAAUUUUAGCUACAAAACAGGGACCCAUUUUUGAAAUGUGGUUGAUACAUAAAUUUCCAUUUGAUUUAUAUAAGUUAUGAUAAGGUCACUAUGAUUUUGAAGUUUAACUUAUCUGCUAUCUAGAUGGUAGUGAAAAUCAUUAAAAAAAUUAUGUUUUUUUAGCCUUACAACAUUUUCACCAUCUUGGGGUAUAUUUUUUUUUUACCUUUGACUGAUGUUUACUGAAAAAAAGAAGUCAGUAACCCUUAUAUUAUUUUACCUCUUUAAAACUGAAAUGUAUAUGGCAAAAACAUGUAGAUUUGAAUAACCUAUGCAGUGGGUGUAGAGAAAAAGAAGUUUUGAAAGAUAAUUUUGACAAAGUUUUUGAUAGAUUUAAUGUAAAUUCUAUACAAUUGCUGAAUGAUUUAUGGGGAUUUCAUUCAGUAAGGUUUGAGCAAGUAUAAAACAGUUAAAAGACUUAUCUUUUUAAAUUUUUCAGUUAGAGCUCAACAUGCCAUAGUUAUAUGCAAAAUUUUACCAGAAUCUGUUACAUAGCCCAUUUACUGUUGCUUGACCUUAAUACAAGAAAACAAGUAAAGAGAAAUAUUCAAUUUUCCCUCAAUCCACAGAAAUUAAAAUAAAUUCCCACAGUUUAUACUUUUCAGCAUCAGUGGUGUAGCACCACUAUAGCAUUGUAAGCAUGUGCUGACAAAUUUUACUAUAAUCGUUCAGCUUCUGGGGGACGGCAUUCAGACACGUGCUUUCAAUUUGUUUUCCAGUGCCUAUGCCACUGAGCAUCAUAAAAGUUGGGAAGCAGAAAAUGAAUUUAAAAUAGCUAAUAAUUAUCAAAUUAUUUAGAGCAGUUCCAUUCCAACAUACGUGGUACCAAGGGAAGGCAUAUUCAAAAUGCGGAUAUCAUUUACUUAUAUGUUCAAUUUUAGAUAUUCACUUACAUUUUUCAUGUUUUCAAAGCAGUAUUUUCACCGACCUAUAGUUGAAAUUACAAGUUGCCUUCUCCGGGUUCGAUGCAUGUUUUUUUAUUGAACAGCUUUAUUGACAUUUGUGUCUAAGACUUAUUUUGUAUAUAUGAUUAAUAUAUGAUAUUUUCUAUUUUUUGUGUAAGUUGAUUUGUACAAAUGUGUAAGACAUAUAUUUAUUUUUUUUUGUGUCUUAGACUUUAUUUUGUAAAUAAGAUUUAUGUUUCUGAUAUUUGCUCUCUUAUGUGUAAGUUGAUUUGUACAAACUUUUAAUUUAUAUUUUUUUAUUUUCAAGCAGCUACCAACAUAUUGUAAUAAAAAACAAUUAAUUUACACAGGUAUGCUGUUUUUGACUUUUUAUUAGAUAUUCUGGUUUUUUCCUGGUAGUGCCAUUUAAAUUUUUUUUUCUUUUCAUUAUUUUAUUACAUAUAAUUUAAAAAGUCAUUUUUGAAAAUCUUACAAAAUCCUUGUUAUUUUUUCAUAGUAUUUGAAAGAAGGUGUCGAUGCUAAAUGUAUGAAAAAUCUAAAGAUAGUCAUUUCAGCCAAAUUUUCAAUAGCUUAUGUCUCAAAAACAAGACACAGACCUUUCAUUUUUUCUGCUUUUUUACUUCCAUUAUUUAGAUACAGUCUUUGAAAAGGUUUUUAUUCUGAAACAAAGCAGCCAACAUCCUUAAAUAACAAUGUGCAAGUCCACCCGAAAUACCCUAUAUUUUGUCAUAACAAUGACACCAGUAGUCCAUUUAAUACUGAUAUCUUGACAUCUUAAUACAAAUCAUCAGAAAAUAAAUAUAUACACUUUAUAGCUUAAUUAAUUCUGAGGGUAUAUAAAGGUUAACAUAUGCAGUGUGUUGUAAAUACUUAACACUUUCAUAAAGUAUUACUGUUGCUUUUACAGUUUGUUUAAUUGUAAUGAAUACUCAAUAAUUAGGUACUAUACAGCUGUCAAUUAUGCAAACUUAUUAAAGAAAACAUCAGAUUUUUUAUUUUGUAUACAAAUUUUUAUCAUGCUCAGAUACCUUGUGAGGUAUAUUUAAUUUGACAAUACAAAUAUGACACUUAACAAGAACAAUCAUCUAGUUCAUCAGAGUAUCCGCUGUGUUUGACACGUAAAGUAACUAAUUAUGAGGGUUAGAAGAUUUUGAUUUGUAUGUAUAUAGUUUUAUAUAUUUUUACCAGAUGAAUGAUUCAGGAUCCUAGGAUCCUCUAGAUAAGGUUGAUGGGCUGCUGUAUCAUUGAUGCACAUAUACCUAUUAUCUACUGUUGUACAUAUUUCAUGUGAAUACAUGUUAGGUAAUGAUGAUUGAUUGAUUGGUGUUAAAGGCCACUUUCAGCACUAUUGUACUAUUUCGUGGCGGUCAGUUUUAAUUGGAGGAGGAAGCCAGUGCCCAAAGAGAACCACACACCUUUGGUAGGAAAACUGACAAUCCUAUUCAAUUAAGAUUGAAGUGAAACGCACUUGCCUCAUUCGGUGUUCGAACUCACAAUCUCAGUGUCGACAGUCAAGUGAUACAGUAGUUUGACUACUUAGACCACUCAGCCACCGAGGCUCCCUUGCUAAUGAUGAGGAUUUAUACAAAAUAUAAUCACCAUAACCUAUUUUUCAAAUUCUUUCUCUUAAAAUGUUCAGAGGGACAUGGUGAUAUAGCACAUAAAUAGACAGGAUAGUAUUUUCUUUCAAAGAUAAUAUUUAUUUUAUUUUAUAUCAUAUUGUGUACAUAUUUAUAUUACAUUGAUUUGUUUGUUUGAUUUUGAUUUUACAUUUUGGAUGGAUGUCAUGGGUUUGAAGUAUUUAAUAUUUGCAUAAAUUUCUAAAUUUACAGGUACAUUUUCAGACAUGGGCUAAAUAGCUUCUUCCAGCAUGUCCAGUUUAUUUUCUAUUUCAAUAUGCAUGUUCAAGUGAUUUAAGAAGAUGUUUAGAAAAAAACGUCACUUUCUUUUUACAAUGUGGACUUGUUUUUCUGCUUAGCAAAUAAAUCAUCCUUUUGAAAUAUAAGCUAAUUUGUUAAAUAAUGAUUAUUUUACCAGUGAGUUGAUAUUUGAUGAAUAUAACGGAUUAGAUUAUUUUAUCUAUAAUACUAAAUGUAUCCUGCGCUGUAAGUUGCAAGUGUUCUAAAUUUCUUAAAACUUGUGUAAAAAAAAAAGUGAUUUUUAAAGUGUUAGAGAAAAGGUGAUUGAUAAAAAUGGCCUCAUUAAACGAUAUAUUGUAGGCAGUUCAUGCCAGUUUUAUGAAAUAUGGCUUCAUAGCCUAUUAAUUUAUCUGUGAAUACCAUAUCUAAGUGUAGAAAAAUGAAGUGAAUAAGAAAUAGAUGAAAGAUAAACCAAAGUUCUCAAAAAUGUUUUUUAAAGAAUCUACACAAUAAUUAGUCCUGAAAAUAAUUUCUUCUUUCAGUUUGAACUAUGUAACACUAAACAUGUUUCAAAGUUGUUUUUUUUAGCAUUAUUUUACAUGUUUGCCAAAGGACUUUUUUACAGUUAUUUGCCUUAAAUUCUGAAGAUACGAAGAUCUGUAUAACUUGGAAAAUGUUUGUUCCCCUUUAAGCAAUGUCUUCUGGAACACAGAAGUUUCUUUGGUGAAUACAUUUUUACACAGUAGGAAUAAAAAAAUAUAAGAAACAGGAAAAUACAUUAUGAAAAAUUGAAUCAAAUAAUACAAUGUAUGUAUUUUUUAUGCCCCCGCCAUAGCAGAGGGGGCAUAAAGUUUUACCCUUGUCCGUCUGUACAUCCAUCCAUACGUCUGUACAUCCAAAAUUAGUUUCCGUUCUCUUACUUUAGUAUGCCUCAACCAAAUGUUAUGAAACUUAUACACAAUGCUUAUUACCACAAAACACAGAUCAAGUUUGAAUUGUGGUGGGGUCACUUAUACCAUUCUAGAGUUAUGUUCCUUUACAAAUUGAAAAAUUGCUGAAUUUUUUCGUUUCCGUUCUCUAACUUUAGUUUACCUCAAACAAAUGUUAUGAAACUUAUGUGCAAUGCUUAUUACCACAAAACACAGAUCGAGUUUGAAUUUUGGUGGCCUCACUUUUACUGUUCUAGAGUUAUGCCCCUUUACAAAUGGAAAAAUUGUCGAAUUUUUCGUUUUUGUUCUCUAACUUAAGUUUGACUCAACAAAAUAUUAUGAAACUUAUACACAAUGCUUAUUACCACAAAACUCAGAUCAAGUACAAAUUUGGGUAGUAGUGUCACUUUUACCGUUCUUGAGUUAUGUCCCUUUAUAACGUUAUAUGCAAGCUGGGGCAUCAUCUGUUUCCCAUGGACACAUUCCUCAUUUAUUUUUGUUUAAGUUUUAAACUUUUGUAUGUUAUUGAAAUUGCAUAGUUGUGAUUAAUUUUCUUUAUGUUAAACAUUUUAAUACAUUGUUAUUUUUUAGGUGGAAGUAUAUGAUUAUGGUAUAAAGAUCAUAACGUUACACUAUUCACAUCAGAUGUAUUAUCAGCACUCAGUCAGAAUUAGCUGUACUUAUAGUACGACCUAGGGCUGACGAUACACCUGAUAUGAAAAGGGUUAAGUAAUAAUCAAAUAGUAUUAACUAUUUUGUGUGUCUGUGUUGCUGUUUAAGAUAUACUCCUGACAUCUUCCAUUCAUAUUCAUGUUAAGAAAUGCAUCUACCUUAUCAACUCAAUUAUCAUGACUUAAUGAUAUUGUUCAUAAGAAAGAAUUAAAGGCAAAAUAUAACUGAUUUCUAACUUAAUCUUUCCUAAAUUUUAGUUCAUAACAAAAUUAUUUCCAAAUCCAUGUAAAAUUCUAUCAUGGGUUCUGUUUUUUUUUAAAUCAGACUACAUUUGUACAUAAUUUCAAUAACCCUCAUUUCUUAAAGAAAAAAAUGUUAUAUAUGCAAGAAUAGAAUUUAUAACAAUAAAAUUGUACAUUUGUUUGUCUUUA